CUGGAGACGCGCUACGGCGCAGGCCUCUCCCGCCAGUAGCGUGUACAGCUGAGGGGCGCCGGGCCGGUGGCCCUGCGGCCACCAUGAAGCUGACACGAAAGAUGGUUCUGUCCCGAGCCAAGGCUUCAGAGCUGCACAGCGUGCGGAAGCUCAACUGCUGGGGCAGCCAGCUCACAGAUAUUUCUAUAUGCCGGGAGAUGCCCAGCCUGGAGGUGAUCACACUCAGUGUCAACAGCGUCUCCACCCUGGAACCCGUGCGAGGCUGCCGACGCCUGAGCGAGCUGUACCUGAGGAGGAACCGCAUCCCCAGCCUGAACGAGCUCUUCUACCUGAAGGACUUGCCACACCUCCGGGUGCUAUGGCUGGCCGAGAACCCGUGCUGCGGCGCCAGCCCGCACCUCUACCGCAUGACCGUGCUGCGUAACCUGCCCCACCUGCAGAAGCUGGACAACCAAGCCGUGACGGAGGAAGAGCUGACCCGAGCACUGAUGGAAGGCGAUGAGAUCACCGCCGCCCCCAGCAGAGAAGGCGCAGGCAAUGGCUGUCCCAAGCCCCCGUACACCCUCAGCUCUGUUGGCUCUGCCACUGAGACCAGCCAGCACCUGCUGAGCUACACAGAGGAGACAGAAGUCCAGGGCCAGACUGCCUCAGACCAAUCUCCUUCCUUCUCACCAAGGGACACUAUGAAGAAUCCCAAGAAUAGGAACAUCCUGACCGCCAUAUUGCUGCUGCUGCGGGAGCUGGACACGGAGGGGCUAGAGACCGUCCAGCAGACUGUGGGCAACCGGCUACAGGCACUGCACAGACUGGAGCCCCAGGAGGACAUGGAGUGACUUCACAUGCGCCAGGAUCUGGACCCUGUUACAUCCUGAGGAAAUACAGCUCUGCCUGGAAAGCCUCCCUCUGGGUUCCCAGUGCAGAUGCAGUGGCUGCCGGCCAGGCUGACCCUUUUUCUGUGCUUAGAGCUGGCAGAGGUGCUGCCCACCAACAUGGCCCCUGGGACUUACCUGCUGAGGCCUCGACACCCUGGGCACCGUCUGACCCUGCCUGAGGGGAGGACUGUACAAGCCAUACCCUCCAAUAAAGCACUGUCUGUCUGG